ACGUAUAUGUUAUGGAAUCAAGUGGAAGGAUUGCUGUGGCCUGGUUAGUUAUGAACUGCAUAGGGAACACUAUUUUUUGCUUUGGUCAUGAUGUUUAUAAACUUUUCUAGGUGUGCUCCUGAAUGCCUUAAGAAUCGCGAGUUUUCUCAUGCCAGUGACGUUUGGGCUCUCGGUAUAACAGUUAUUGAAAUGUUUUCAUAUGGUAGACAGCCUUGGGAAGGACUUAGCGGUUCUCAGAUCCUUGAAAUCAUUGACGAACCAGCCAAUGGGCGACCAGGAAAACCAGAUCAUUGUCCUGAUAGAUUAUAUUCUCUUCUUAUUGAACACUGUUGGGAUCCAAAUCCAAAGGAUCGUGGAAAAUUUAUUUCAAUUCAAGAGAGAUUAUAUGAGAUCACUCCUGAAGAUGUUACGUGUUGUUUUGAAUUGCAAGACAAGAAGAAUACUGAACUGUUGCUUGCGAAGUCUGGGGAUUUGAUCACAGUUGUUUCGUGGAAAUCAAGAUUAGGAACAGAGUUUGCUAAAGGUCAAAAUAAAAGGACGUCACAAGUUGGUUAUUUUCCUAUUUCACUAGUGACACGUACACUGAAGAGGAAAGGUUCGAUGUCCAAGACCAGGUAUACCAUUUACUGUUUUUGUUGUAGUUUGGAGAUUUCACAAUCUAUUGAAUUUUUUUUUGUUUAUAGAGUUGCAAAAGUUAAAGAUAUCAGUCCUCCAUUGGAUAAUUCGUUUUCCCAUUGCGCUCAUCGUGGUAAUGGCGAUACCCCAGAUUGGGGAUCUGUUAUGUCUGAUGAAAGACAAUUGAUUCAAAAACAGUUACCACUGAACUUACCAACCAAGCUCAUUCCAUUAAAUAGUUCUUCCAACAAUCAAACUGGUGAAAACACCGAGCCUUUUGACGUAAUGAACCCGGAUAUUUCAGAUAGCAGUUCAUCGUCACUCGUCCCCAGGAGUUGCGCUGACUCUGGCUACUAUAGCAACCGUGAUACGUUGAUGUCGCAAGACUAUGAGCUCAUGAGCGGAAGUAAACCCAUAUCUAUUCCGGGUAGCAGUGCUCAAGGACGACAAAUAUCUCCAGGAAUUAAUUACAAAGGAAAUUUAUUGUCAUCACAGCAAUGUUUCCCAUUUCCUCUUGGUAUGAAUACGCAGUUAGAUCAACAAAGUCAUAGAGACUCAAUGAAUUCAGAAAUUUCUUUUGGACCUGAUUCACGUCCUGUUCUUCCAUUGAAACGAACUAGUUACUAUAGUAAUCUAACAUCGAAAGAAAAUUAUAGAAAAUCUGCACAUCCUUAUGAAAACAUCAGUGAAAUAGCGAAGACUUACGAAAAUAUUGAUAGGUCAUCCUUGCUGCUUUCAAAUGAAUCACAAGGAGUAACAGAAGAAGUUUACGUUGUUCCACAAGUAUCAGAUGUUACAUCUAAUGUUUCUUAUGAUGAUAACCUUGAACCAUCGAAUCUCUACAUGUCUUCUUCCACUGAGAAUAUUUAUGUUAAUAACGUACGAAGCAAUGAACGGUCCAGUGUUCCUGUUGUGAACGUCGAUUACUCCAUUUAUGAUACACCAACAAUUACUUCUCAAUAUCUUCAUGUACCAACAAAUGGUCGUUGUCAUAGUUUUCCAGAGUUUGAUUUGCGACAUAAACUCACAAACAGAAACAACAACAGAAUUAGUCUCUCAAUGGAAAAAGAAAGGACUUUGCAUGUAUUAUACGACAAAGUCAAAGUAAAAUCAGCCCCCACACUUGAUAGAAAACGCGUUUCUUAUUCGAAGAACUAUCAAAGUGAUGAAGAUGACUCUCACGAUGAGAUUUACGAGAACAUUGAGAUUUAUGAUGUACCACAAAACAUAAAGGCCGACGUUCCUCCACCUCUUCCUUUCAAACGACAUGAUUCCGUGAAACGUUUCUCAUUUCAUAGCAAUAGAAGCUCGUAUGACUUCGAUAUUUCUCGUAAACAAUCGUCGUCGGAAGAACUGCUCGAAGACUAUUAUUCUCGCCCAGUCUCCCAGAACUUGACCGCGGACUUCGACUCUCAUUUAUACGCAGAAAUAUCAGAUAAAUUGAUCAAGCAUCUACGUUUACAAAAUGAAGACACUAUUUCAUUAAAUAGUGAUUCAUUUACUGGCAUCAGCAAAGAUUAUGCUGCUCUUGAUAAAAUAUAUGACAAAUUACACGAGAGUGUUGUUGAUAAUGAAGAGAAUGACGCUAACGUUUUAUGGAAAAGAUCUUAUUCUCAAGAACAAACAAUUAACAAUAGAAGAAGUAAACACAACUCUGUUGGUAGUCUCGAUUAUCAAUCGAGUAGUCGCUCGGUAAAUCGUCGUCCGUCUUUACCGAGUAAGCGGUCAUCGUUGGCCAGUCAGCGGUCAUCGUUAGCCAGUAAGCGGUCAUCGUUAGCCAGUCAGCGGUCAUCGUCAAUAAAUUCACUAAAAGUUGUUGGCGAUGAUGGAAUGUUGCCAGUAAAUACUUCCACAGCUUUGGUAACAACAGUUUAAAAUAAACAUGGUGGAAAAUACAUCAGAGAACAACAAUUACCACUAAAGACAAUUGUUGUAAUUUUGUAAAUAUCUGAUAUAAAUAAAAUUCUUAAUCUUUUUAGAUAUUCAUUUUAACGUAUAAAAUGCGAUAAACAAUAUCUGUUUAACAAAUAUGUUUCAAUCGCUAUGAUUUGUAUCAUUGUUUACUUCGUAGGAAUUAAUUAACAAUUCUCGUGAAAUUUCUUCAAAUGUUUUCCCCUUUGUUUCUGGAACGUAGAUGAAAAUGAGCGUCCAUAGUACAAGGAUAAAGACCAUAAACACGAUAAAGACGUAAGGAAAUAACACAUCCUAAAAUAAGAAAAAUCCUCCGACAAUCCUGUGGUGAAAUAACGAAGAUACUAUGGUAAAAUACCAUGAUGUCUACCUGAAUGGAAGGAAAUGUUAUAGCCACGAUAAAACCCGAAAGCCAGUUAACUGAACCUGAAAUACUAGUUGCUGCUGGUCUUGGACCUUGAGAAAAGAACUCUGCAACCAUGAACCAUGGUAUGGAACCUGGUAUGAAACAUAAGUAGUAAAUUGUACUUGAGGAUAUUGCCCGUAGGCUAUUGAAUAACAUUAAUUUACCUGGUCCAAUCUGAAAGAAAGCCAUUGUGAUGAAUGUACAUGCAACGGCCAAAUACUUAAAGUUUUCAUACUUAUCCUAAAUGAAUCGUAGAGAAAGUCGGAAACUGAUCUUUUACAUUCUUAACUACAGACUAGUAGUUUAUGGAAAUUACCUGUAGAGCAUAACUGAUCGUAAUUAUACCAUAGAAAACAAACAUUCCUGCUAGACCAAUCAACAUCAAACUACGUCGACCAACUCGAUCCAUCAAAAACACCUUGUGAAAAAAAAGUAUUGCGAAAGUCAAUGCCAGAGAUUUACUGCAUUUUGAUAAGAAGCAUAGCCAUAUACAGAGACAACUUACUGAUACAGCGACCAUAACAACAGAGACGGUUCCUACACCACAAGUUGCCACAUCAGGAUUCGACAUUCCCGCUUUUGUGAACGUAGAAGUUGAGUAGAACAUCAACUGUAUAAAUCAGUGAGCGUAUUGUUGAUAUUGUGAUCUGAACAUGUGAAUUAUACAAAAAUACUUACGGCAUUUAUACCACUAAACUGUUGAGAAAGUUGAAGUAAAACACCCAACAACAGAGGGCGUCUUAACGAUUUUGUUUGUAGCAGUUGCAAUAUUGACAACUUUCCUUGCUGUAAUAUAGUCUCUUUCUCAUGCUGUUAAAGAAAAAAUCAUCCUCUUAAAUACGAUUGAUAAGUAUUUUAUUUGAUAUAUCAAUUAACAAACCCUCAUUUCAGAAAUGAUUGUUUCAACAUUGUAUGAACCCUGAAGUUUUAUAACUUCUACAAAACAGAACAUAAUCAUACUAUAUGAAUUCAUGAAUAUUUCUUGCAGAAGAAAGUUUUCAUCAAACGACGAAACGACAAACCUGUCCUGGCGAGGGAUUCUUUAUUUAAUGUAAUUAAAAGAUAUCGUGGACUUAAAGGACAAAAGGGAAGAACAAUUAUCUGAAUCAGAGCUGGAACAAUACUGAAUGACAAUAGAUAAUGCCAACUUUUUGAUGUACCAAGAAUCUGAAUAAACAUCGUGAACAUUGAUAAAAUUAAAUUUUCCACUUCAGAAGAUUAAAAAUGGUAAAAAUACCUGAUGAAGUCCAAGAAUGUUGGCAAUAAGCAUUCCAAAAACAAUACCAAACUGAUUUAAUGUACCAACAGCACCACGUAAAUUUGUGGGAGAUAUUUCAGACAAAUACAUUGGCACUACAACGGUAACUAUACCUGAACGUAAAAUUUAUGAAUAAGAGCAUUUAUUCUUCAAGUAUUUUUGCUAUAACACUUAGUUAACGAUUUAUUUACCAUUGCUUACGCCAAUAAUAAAACGGCCAAAAAUAAGAAGAAUAGUCGAAAGUGCAAAACGAGAGGAAAAUACAAGAACACAACCAACAAUGAUAACUGCGUUAUCCCAAAGAAGAGUCGCUUUCCUAAUCAAGAAGAUGAGAAAGAAUGAAAGAGAGAGAUGUUAAAUUUUACUUUGAUUGAUGUGAUUUUACCUUCCUAACAUGUCAGCUGCAAUUGGACCAAUUAUUGCUCCAAUCAAACCACCAAAUGAUGUAAUGGAAACAGCAGUCGACCAAAUUAUGUCACUUAUUGCGACAUUGUGACUUUUAAAAUAAUGACGAAUUUCCUUCAAGAGAAAUCAGAUAUUUAAAUCAAAAUUGGAAUGAAUUUUAACCAAUUAUGCCACACGCGUUUAUUACGCGAAUCUGUUUUAAGUUUAAUGAUGACAUAACUGAUUGAUAUAAAAGCGUGCCAAAGCGCUAACCUUCCAGGAGGAAAGCUAAUAUUUUGAGUAAAAUUUAGUUAAAUAAGGUUGCUUUUGACAAUGCUGUUGAGAAGAAAAUAUUUAUUUUCUUUUGCUAAAAUAAUCUUUUCUCAACGCGUUAUGGUUGUUUCUUUAUAUCAAUCUAAAGGCAUUAAUGAUAUUGUAAACACAGUGAUUCAACAUCGAAAGUCAGGGUUUAAGAAAUGUCAAGAGUUACAACUAUAAACACUUUGUACUUUUCUCAAUUCUAUAAAAGCAAAAGCCAUAUAUUUUUGUUACGGGUGCUGUAACUGUACAAAAUAGUUGCGUCAUAUCACAUGAUUCAUAUCUAGUCUACGUGUAUUUAUAUGAGCUACCAGAAUAUUCACUUAUCUAAGAAAGUAUCUCCAUAUAGCACAAUUAUAAACAUGGCAAACGAAGUAAUGUCAAUAAAGAUUUUUUUCAAAA